AUGGGUCAAGCUACAAGUGGUCUAACUGGUUCUAGUAGUCAGAUUCUAGAAUCAUUCACCAAGAGUGAAUGUAAGGAAUUAUUCAAUGCUCGAUGUGUGCUAUUGUUCAGACCUAUUGAGUUGCAAACCAUUGCCUCAAAAUUAAAUAUCACCAAUAUUAAAGAAAAGAACAUCAUAACUACCAGUGACCUUGCUUAUCUUUGUCAAUUAUCAAAUGAUAAGAAUGAAGAUAAUUCAAGUGUAAGUCCUCAAUUCAAAUGUGUGUUGAAUCUUUUAUAUAACUCAUUUCAAGUUAUAGGGAAAUUCCCCUUUAUUCAAGAUUAUGAAAUAGGUAAGAUGAAUGGUUUAUCGAUUGAGGAAUUGUUAGUGGCAUGCAUAUUCCAUAGUGGAAGAUAUAAGAAAAUAUUCAAUAAAGAGUUUGAUUAUGUUAAACUUUUGUUUAUUUCAUUGGCUUUAGGAGAUAGUGAAGAAGAACCCACCCCUAUAACGAAACCAGAAUAUAUAGAGAAUGUCAUCCCACCAGGUGAAUUAGAACCUUAUAGUUUGGAAUUACACGAUCCAUUCCUUGAUGAUGAUCCUAUUAAUGUCAGAACUAGAAAAAUCAAGUGGGAUACUUUCAAAUUGAUUGAUAAUUUUGAUGAUGUGGAUGUGGAAUCAUUAUCUAUAAAUGCUCAUAGUUUACUUGAAUUGAUAACGUUAUUCCUAAUUAUUAACUCCAUUCCAAAGAUGAAUCAUGAUAAGAUGUAUGAUCAAUUGAACGAAGGUAUCAGAGAGAGGUGGCAAGAGUUUGAGAAUAAUGCUUUAUUCUUAUUAAGAUAUUUCAAAUUAAAUAUUACGAAUCAAAAUGUUAAAACUGAAACUAUAAAUUUCAUUGAAUUCAAACAUACCAUUGAUAAUCUCUUACCAAAAUUCUUUAAUGAAGGGUUUACUAUGUUAUUCAAAUAUGGAUUCCUUUCUUCAUUAAUAUCGCAGAGAAGUAGAAAGAACUCUACUUCAAAUAAGGAAAAUGAGGAAGAAGAAGAAGCACCUCCAGAAACAACAAAAUCAAAGAAAUCUAUAUCGGCCAAAUUUGUUGAAACUAGACUUGUCAACUUACCCUCCUUAUCAUUAAUUGGUACAAUUUUGACUAAUCUAGGAUCUAAUAUCAAUAUUUCUAAUAAAAAUCUAGUCAAAUUAUACGCUGGGUCAGAAUCAGGAUUCUCAAUAAGAUCAUUAGAACUGAAAAUAUUCAAAUGGCAAGCUCCAACUUUACUUAUUGUCAGUGGCAAACGAUUAAAAAACAAAACUAUCACCAGUAAUAUGAGAUAUCAACAAUUUAAAUCUGAAUAUCCUCAAUUUUUCCGAUCUCUGGAAAAUUCGUUAAAGGAUUGGCAAACUGAAAAUGAUAAGAUCACUUAUGGUGUAUUAAUCUAUCAACCUUGGAGAAAUUCGAAUAAGAGGAAUUUUGGCGAUGAACAAAGUAUUAUUUUCUCUAUUCAACCUCGAGUAGAUGUUUACAAAAGUACUCAUAAUGCAAUUUUAAAGGGAGAACUGGUUUAUUUCAAUAAUCUUGGUUUAGGAUUAGGAUUUGGUAAUAAUCAACCCGUUAAUAAAAAUGGAGUCAAGAAAUUCUUACCAGGAGAAGUCUCUCUUACAAUUGAAGCAAAUUUAGAAUUCGCAGUAUUCAGACAUGUUUCAACUCUGUCAGCUCAUGCAGUUAGUUAUUUCCAGAAAUCAACUCAAGAACAAAUUGAAUUAACUGAUUUCGAAGAUCGAUUUAUGAUUACUGAUUUAGAAGUGUGGGGGGUUGGAUCAACUAAAGAAUUAGAAGAACAACGGAAACAAUGGCAAUGGGAAGAAAAACAAGCGGAAGCAAGACAAAGUGUUAAUCUUAGAAGUCUUGGAGAGGAAAGAGCAUUCUUGGAAAUGGUAGGGUUAGUAGGUAAUCAUAAUGCUAAUGGUGGUUCAGUUUAA